AUGAACUCUCAUUAUUGCUCAGACUGUCGUAUCCAACUCCAAGCGGGCGUUCUCGUCUGCUGGAAUUGCCACAAAUCGACAACCCUUCCACAUUCCCCCGAAACUGCACGACAAUCCGCACAACAAUUCCAACAUGGUCGAGGACUCCCAACCCGCGAUGCACGCGACCUCGGACGUCCCCAGCUCACACGCACAUCUACACCUCUGUCCACCUACCGCCGGUAUGGGGAAGACAAUACAUCUACAGUUAGCAUCCAGCGGUCCGGUUCAGAGUCGAGGCUCCCGCUGUCCGUAGGUGGUCGGUCAAACACAGACUCUCAGCACAGCAGCACACUGCAUACCACUCGGCGUCCUGGAUACACCAAAACGCCUCCGCGAAGACUCAACCGAAAACGCAAACGUAAUGACCGAGACAACGAGUCAGAAAGCACCGAUUUGUACGGGGCAUCCGGCGAUGAAAACAGUCAUACGAGCCGGGAAAUGCCUCCACCACGACGGGCUGACACAGUAGCCAGCGGAAGCCACGCCGCAGUGACUCCUCAAGCUGCAAGACCCCUAGUAGUUUCAGAGAAUGUUGUCCCACCGUACAAAGAGGGCGAUCCGUUCGACAGAAUAACUAUGAAGUACGGAUUCGUGGGGACAAUACGCGAAAAGGUGUUCGUGGGAACAUCCUGCCAACAUUGCAACGGGCCACAUCCCACAUACUAUCACAAUAAAGGCUACUGGGAAGUCCUCAAGCGAAGCGGCACCGGGAGCCCGAAUGUAACGUGCGGAAGAUGCUGUCAGCUAGGCCAUGAAGCCGACGAGUGCGGAAAGGGAGAUUGGCGGGAUCUCCCUGACAAUCCACCGUUACUGCCAGAGCAUAGCGCUCAUGCUCGGCCAUGGCCUCGUUCGGAUGGAUGCGUACCCUUUCCCAGACACUACUAUCGACCAGACUUGUACCCAAAACCGGAUCCAACAUAUCCGAACCUUCCUGCCGACAUUGCAAAGAUUGGAUUUCGUAAAGGCUUUGCGAGGAAAGAAUGGGGACUCCAGCACUCAAUUGACGUUCUGGACGCCAAACGUCGAAACGUGAGAGAACCGAAAAUCAAUCGAAAGGACUUUCGGCCAUGGUCUCCUCCACAGACACCAUUUUCCGAUUUGGUCCAGGAUGUAAAGUUGGAAGAAAAUGUUUCAGCUACAGUUCUUGCCAAUCCAGAUGACCAAGAAGCACCACGCAGAGAUAAUGGCUCCCAGCUUCCGUCAAGACGAGAACUCAAUCUUCCAUACAACCGUAAACGUGGCCAGCUCUGCAGUCCAGGGUUCAACGGGCUUGUACUUCCCUCCGAUCUUGACGCACUUGAGAGCCAUCGUCACAACGCUGUGAGCGGCGGUGGCCCAAUCACAGCGACACGUAAUGGGCGGCAUCCACAGCUAGAGCCUCAAUCAGACGAGGAUGCAAAUCAUCACAUCAAGGAAUUGGCAGACUAUGUCUUUGGAGAGCAGGUACUGGAUUCCGACAUGGUCGAAACAUACACUACCUUCAUAAAACAGCUCAUGGCGGAUGUUAAUGACAAGGCUUUAGAAUUCUCCAACAUCAUCAGAGCCAAGCAGUCCGACUUGGUCGACAAAUCCGAGUUCACAAGCAGUGAACAAUCUCUCAAGCAGUUCUUACUAGCAUUGAAGCGUCUCCCACAUUGGUGGACGUACGAAGUCACCAGACUCGCCAACACCAUCGAAACUGCAUGCGCCGUGUACAGCUUAGAGUCCAGCGGCUUGAAUGAUUUUUAUGAGUUGCAACAAAUGCUCAAACAGGCCUUUGAUACUUUCGAGAGCGAAAUGGCACGCCAUCUUUCCUGUUGCUUCAAGAUCGAGGGUAUCACAUUUAUCCCUUGGUUGGAAGCAAAUGAUGGAAAGACACUGACCGACGGCAUUCAAGGGGCACUUCUUCCCGGCGAAAGCUCUCCGCGUGCGCAGCUACCGCGCUUUGCCUGGCCUCAGCUUUUCAUUGAUCCUCUUCGGAAAGACCGUUCACCAAAGAAUCGUGACAUAGACAUGACGGUCGAGACUGGUCAGGAUAAAAGCGCCUGUCCCUGA